UGAGCUUCCUGGUUGCAGUCUCUUAUUAAAUUUUAAUCAUUUGAAGUACUUUGAAAGAUAAUUUGAAUGCUUAAACAGUUAAUUGAAUAUUCUUUUGAAUAGUUUUUGUAAUAGAGAGUGAAUGGCAGAGUGUGCAGCAAAUUUAUCCAGAUCUAAGAUGCGGUACUAAAUACAGCAGUUACAUGUAUUUUACCCAAGUUUACGGUCUUAAGAUCUCUAAUAUUACCUCAGUCUUCUGCUAACGGUACCAUUACCGCAGACAACGGUUUCAUAGCGCUACGGUAAGGGUACCAUUAGCAUGUAAGGCUGAAACUGAGAUUGAUGAAACUAGUGAAUUACACUGCUGAGAAGAUUACAAUAUGUGGAAGAACUCCAGAAGCUAGUCAAUGGAAUCUGCAUGUGUGGUUGAAUAGAAUAACCCAAAGAAAUAGUAGAAAGUAGUAAACAAACAUGCCAUAUCUCAUUACAUAGUCAUGUAGCUACAGUGAGAAGAAACAAGCAUAAAAUUAUAAUAACUUACAAGAAAUUCAACAAAAUUAAAUUAUACAAACACCUGGGGUAAAAAAAUGGCUGGAGUCAGUAUACCUCCAGGGACAAUGUCAUAUUUCUGGGGGAGAAUCACCCGUGAAGAAGCCACCACAGUUCUAAGGCAGGCAGGCUGCAGAGAUGGCAUGUACCUUCUGCGAGAGAGUGUAAAUAAACAUGGGAAUUAUGCACUGUCUUUGUGUUUCCGUGAUGAGGUUCACCAUUACAACAUAGAACGUCAGCUUGACGGGAAAUAUCAGAUACCUGAUGGCAAGAAGUUCAGUGGACCUGUAGAACUAAUACAGCACCAUAAAACCUUCCUGGAUGGUCUACUUUGCUUACCCUCCAUUCCAGUUGAAAGGGGGAACCGGCCUCUGAUGGUGUUCCGGGGGGUUACCCAAACAGAAUUUGAUCAAGUAUUACUGAAGAAAGUCAGUGAGAUGGGCCUAAAGGGAGAUGCAUUAGCCAAUGCUUUAGGCCCUCAGAGAUUUCAGCUGUUUAAUGUGGUGGCAAAGGAUCUCCAUAAAGACCAAUGUUGGUUCCACAACAACAUUGAGAGGGAGGAAGCUGAAAAUCGAUUGAGAAAUGCAGGGCACAGAAAUGGACUUUUCCUUGUCCGUGCCAAGGCAGGAAGUCAAGGCUUUGCCAUGACAGUAAGCUUUAAUAAUGCAGCAAAACACUACAAGUUGGAUCUCCAUCCAUCUGGACAGCUAGCCAUCGAGGAUGGACCUAAGUUUAAUAGUGUUAUGGAGUUAGUUGAUCAUUAUUACAACAGAGCUGAUGGGUUAUUGUGUCAACUCCGUGAACCAUGCACAAGACCUGAUUAUAGGAAGAAAAAUGUGGGAGCCACCAAUAUGGACGACAGUCCUGCAUACUGGACAGUGCCAGCCAAUGAAAGUGAACAGUUGUAUGCAUCUGCUGAGCCCAAUGGACUCCCUGAAGCAUCUGCUGGUCCUUUGCCAAGGAGAAACCCUCAUUCACCUUUACCUGCACCCCCUCCUAGUGAGGUUGCACCCCCUCCCAGGGGACAUUCAUCUUCAAAUGCACCAUUAAGACUUCCUACACCCAAAAGUGGUCCGAGAAGCCCUGCUUCAGCUGCUCAACGCUCUCCUUCACGUGUCAAUCAUGCUGCUAUGGGGAUUGCUGCAGUACAUAUAGGUGGUACGUGGGAUGAACCAGAAAUGCCAGAAAGAAAUGCCCCUCCCCCUCCUGAGACCCCCAAUGUUGCAGAAGAAAGGCAGAAGAUUUACGAUUCAGUGCCAAUAUCAGAAGAAAUCUUCAAUUUAGACAUCACUCAUCUCAAAUUAGAUGAGGAUCUAGGCUCUGGUGCCUUUGGAGCUGUGAAGAAGGGACGUUACACACCACCUAUCAGGGGACAUGGUUAUGGCAAUGCUGCAGAAAUUCCAGUGGCUGUAAAAACGUUAAAAGCUAAUGACAUUCCAAAUGCUAGGGAAGACAUUUUAAAAGAAGCUAGAAUAAUGGCAGACCUUAAGCACAAAAAUAUAGUUAGGCUUAUAGGGGUAAGUCAAGGAGAGACAAUCAUGCUGGUAAUGGAGUUGGCACCUUUAGGACAACUCAACAAAUUUUUGAAAGGACACAGUAUAAGGUCGUUUCCCAUGAACAAAGUGAUGACCAUCAUGCAUCAGGUGGCCCUGGGGAUGGAGUAUUUGGAGAGUGUUCGCUUUGUUCACCGUGACUUAGCAGCUAGAAAUGUAUUGCUAGCACAUGAGGGUUUUGCCAAGAUCAGUGAUUUUGGAAUGUCGAAAGCUGUAGGAGCAAAUAAUGAGUAUUACAAGGCUGCAGCUGCAGGAAAAUGGCCUCUCAAAUGGUAUGCUCCUGAGUGUAUCUACUACUUCAAGUUUGAUUCCAAAUCCGACGUCUGGAGUUAUGGAGUCACACUGUGGGAGGCCACCUCAUAUGGACAGAAACCUUACAGAGGAAAGAAAGGACAAGAUAUUUUGCAGAUGAUAGAGGCUAAUCAAAGGUUGGAAAAGCCUCCAGAUUGUCCACAAGAGAUUUAUGACAUCAUGAGUCUAUGCUGGAAAUACAAGAAAAAAGACCGUCCAACUUUUAAAGAUCUUGUGCAGAAGGUGAAACCAUUCCGUCAUUAAGAGCAAGAGUUUGCCUGGUGCAGUGAAAUAUCUUAUAAACAUUGAUGUACUGCUAACAGAAGAAAAAAAGGUGUCAUUUAUGUGCAUAAUUCAAGGGAAAUCUCUUUUGAGAUUGCCUGUGAGAUGUGUGUAAUGGAAAAGGAGAAAAAGUUUACUUGAAACUAGUGUGAUGGAAACUAAAAAGGGUACGCUUGUAGUCUUUAAAAGACAUUCCAAACUACUGUUUAUUUAUUUUGGAGCUAAUAUUUUAGGAUUCAUCAGAAAUACAGUGGCUGCUUUAUUGCAUAUUUAUACAUUUUUAAUGUAAUCAUACAUAGUUUCAUGUUUUUUUUUUUUUAAUUUUUGGUUGUUUGCAAAAUAAUACAUAAAAAUAUUUCCUGUGAGGAUUGAAAUUAGUAAAUAUGGGAAAUGUGUUGAUAACUAAUCAGUUAUGCAACUUUUCAAGCAAAUUCUAGAGUUAAGAAGCAAUAGUGAUCAUGGAAAUACAAUAAUAGCUGUCUUAAUAAUGUAUAGCAUGCUGUGUAUAGAAUAGAGCAUUGCUUAGAGGAAAAAAUAGAAAAUUUUAGUAAUUGCAGUAUAAUUUACAAUUAAAUGCUACACAUGUUAUUUGUAAUUUGUUGAAUUGUAAUAGGUGACACAAUAAUUUGUAAUUAAGUAUCAGUCUCUUCCAUUUUAUAGUUGUUGAUCAACUAAAGCACAAAUUGAUAUUAACCCUUUCAAUAUUUUCCAAGAGGCAUUUCCUGCAAUUUUAUUUGAACAACUUCAAUUGCCAGCAUUUGUAUAUGCAAUAUUGUAUUUAAUAAAGAAAUACUAGUGGCUAUUUUUAUUUCUA